CAACAACACUUUCUUGCCACAGAUCUGACAUUUGGAAUUUUGAUUUUUAAAUACAUUUUCGAGGAAAAAAAAAAAAAAAAUAGACACACGUCAAAAUCAGCACAUGAAUCUCAACAAUGGUGACAUACUUCAUGCCGCAAUGCUUGAUGGGAGUCAUGAGUUUUAUAGUGGCUCCCAGAAUGCACAGAUUCAUAUGCUGAUUCUUGAUGUCUAAAUGUUUCUCCAUUUAAAAAAAAAAAAUAGUUAUUUAAAAAACAAAAAAAAAACACCUUUUAAGAAAUGGUGCAUCAUUUCAGACACACACCCUGGAUGGGCGGACAGAUGGGAGGAUGGAUGGAUAAUUGAAUGAAUGAUGUGUUGGUGGAUGGAUUGAGGAUUAGUGGAUGAAUUUAUGUAUGGAUGUAUGGAUGGAUGGAUGGAUGUAUGAAUGGAUGGACGGAUUGAUGAUUGGUGGAUGGAUGGAUGAAUGGAUGGAUGGAUGCAUGGGUGGAUGAAUGGAUGGGUUGAUGGAUGGCGCAGGAACAUGUAAUUGCAAAAGAAUAAGGCAAAAAUAUGUUGGAUGGAAGGAUGAAUGGAUGAUGGCCAGACUUUACCUUUAGUGCUCUGAAGAGUUUUUUUUUUUUUUUUUUUUUUCAAACUAUACUUCUGUCACAGUUGUGUUUACUUAUAGGGAAGUGUAACUCUACACACACACACACACACACAGAAUACCUAUCCAUUAUAUAUUUAGUGUGAGAACAGGUAGUGGGAGUCGAGGUUGAAGCAGGCAGUCAUGAGAACCGUCACCUCCAUCAGUUUCUCAGCAGUGCUUGGUCUUUCAGUGCUGUGGCUGAUGGAGAACUCACUGGCUCUUACCGUCACUGGAUCUGUGGGAAGCAACAUCUCAGUCACCUGCAGAUAUCCUGAAACGUACGAGAAUAACAGCAAGUACUUCUGCCAGAUGAGCGAUUCAUUUGCUCAGAGAGAUCCUCAGUGUGUUCAGACGACCCGGAGAGAGACGAGGUCUGAACGAGGGAGACUGACUCUUCUGGACAACACCAGCUCUCAUGUUCUCACAGCUCUCGUCUCUAGACUGGCUCCAGAAGACUCUGGAAAGUACUGGUGUGGUGUAGAUAUCAGUCUGCUGCCUGAUUUCACCUCCGAGAUCUGGUUAACAGUCACCAAAGGGGAUCCCCAAGAACAAACCAAAAACCACUUCCUGGAAGAACCUGGCGAGUCUAACUCCAGGUUCAUGAUGAUGGUGGCUUCGAUGUGUGUUUUCGCUCUGUUUUUCGUGUGUGUGUUUGGUCUGUUUCAAGUCCUCAAGCACAACAGCCGCAGUAACUCAGGUUCUGUUCUCCACCGCACCAGAACAACAUCAAACUCAAUGCCGGAUGGACACCAAAGAAUAAAUCAUCCAGACUCAUUCAAAGAUCAAAGUGAUAAAGAGGAAUUUUACAGACCCACAAACCCAGAUUAUACAAACACAGAGCCGGUCGACACAGAUUCCUACUACAUAGAUGUAGUUUCAGCACAAACACAAGAUCAGAUCUACACAGAACUGGACACCAGUAGACAGAGUCACGUGUAUCAGAGUCUUACAGCAGAUUCUGUUGAAGAGGCCAUCUAUCAGACUAUUGAUCAAACAACUGACUCAACACUGAAGCCUCAUCAACAGCCAUCUUGAGAUGGUAUUUUACUUAUUAAAUAAAAUACAGAAA